AAGACGCGCUCGAAGACCAGCAUCAACAUCCAGCGUCCACUUCCUGAAAGCAGAUGUUCAUGUGACUGUUUAAUACGAAGAUGUCUGGUCUAGCUUUGGCUCUGUUUACUUCAUUAAUAUGCUGUUCUCUGGCACUAAAAUCACCAAAUGAAUCACUUCCAAAUAUUAUCAUAAUGCUCAUGGAUGACAUGGGAUGGGGGGAUUUAGGUGUGUUUGGCCAGCCUUCAAAAGAAACACCCAACCUAGAUGCGAUGGCUGCUCAGGGAAUGCUGUUUCCCAACUUCUACACUGCAAAUCCUCUUUGUUCACCAUCCAGAGCUGCACUGCUCACCGGGAGGUUACCUGUCAGAAAUGGUUUCUACACCACAAACGCACAUGCACGAAAUGCAUACACUCCACAAGAAAUAGUAGGAGGAAUCUCCAAGGAUGAGAUUUUGUUACCCAAGUUGUUGAAAGAAAAGGGAUACACCAGCAAGCUGGUCGGCAAGUGGCAUUUGGGCCACAGACCAGAACAUCUUCCUCUGAACAAUGGUUUUGACGAAUGGCUUGGUUCACCAAACUGCCACUUUGGCCCUUACAACAACAUCGGUAGACCCAACAUCCCCAUCUACUUCAAUUCCGAGAUGGUCGGCAGGUACUACGAGGAUGAGUUCGUGAUCGACGGGAAGACGGGAGAGUCCAACAUCACUAUGAUGUAUCUGAAUGAGAGUAUGGAGUUUAUUCUGCGUCAGUCCAAGGCGCACCGACCCUUCUUCCUUUACUAUGCACCCGAUGCUACCCAUGCUCCUGUCUAUGCGUCGAAAAAAUUCCUGGGGAAGAGCCAGCGAGGCGUGUACGGAGACGCCGUGAUGGAGCUGGACUACAGUGUUGGUGUGAUCCUGUCCUGGCUAAAGCAGCUGGGCAUUGACCAAAAUACCUUUGUGUUCUUCACAUCUGACAAUGGAGCUGCUCUCUACGCCGCAAAAGAAGGUGGCAGCAAUGGGCCCUUCCUCUGUGGAAAGGAGACCACUUUUGAAGGGGGCAUGAGGGAGCCAGCUAUCGCUUGGUGGCCUGGACAGAUUGAAGAAGGCACAGUAAGUAUUAGUAGUCACCUCAGUCAGGUGGCACCCUCCAUCUCUCUCAGACCCAUCUUCUACUACCGAGGGAACGAGCUGAUGGCUGUGAGGCUGGGACUGUACAAGGCACAUUACUGGACCUGGAGCAACUCGUGGCAGGAAUUUAAUAGCGGGAUCAACUUCUGUCCUGGUCAGGAAGUUAUAAAUGUGACCACUCAUGAACAGAGGGAUCACACACUGCAGCCACUCAUCUUCCACCUUGGGAAGGAUCCAGGGGAGAAGUAUCCAAUACGUGUUCUCUCCAGUGAGUACCGCGACGCUCUGAAGAGCAUCUCUCCAAUCGUGGAGCAACAUCAGAAAACUUUAGUCCCUGGUGCUCCUCAGCUCAACAUGUGUGACCUCGCAGUGAUGAAUUGGGCGCCACCUGGCUGUGACAAGAUAGGAAAGUGUCUCAAGGGGCCACAGUCAGCUCCGUGGAAGUGCGAGUGGCCUCACUGAGGACAAAACUGAAGAAACUGAAACAGGAAAAAUGAGGGAACAUUUUUGCUUUUCUGCAGAUCAUCAGAUCAGGGAUCAAGGUCAAGUUUGAGGUCACAUUUGUCUGUGUGUUUAUUGGUAACAAGUAUAAAUGACGGUGCCUUAUUGGUAAAGGUUCUACUGGUUAACUCCGACAUGAAUUAAUUGUCUCUGUCUGAGGUUGGUAGGUAUUACAGAGAGUUUUUGGUAAGAGAUUCUCGAGCUUUUCACUCCUUCACUUUGUGGCUGUAAACUUUUUAACACAUGAUGUUACUUGAAAAAAAAAAGUUGUCUUUUCAGAACACAUGGAGGGAAAACAAACUCCAGUGCAUUAUUUUGUACUUUGCGUAAAUCGCAGUGAUCUGAAGUAACAAAGAUAUUUUUGUAUAAUGGAAGAAAUCGUGCCUCAGGUUAUAAAUGCUGCUAAGCUGGGGAGUUUUUGUUUGUUUUAUUUCUGCAACAUGUUUAAUUAUGAACUGAUGAAUGUGCUUUUACUGAAUAAAGGGGCUUUCACAGUGUAUGGAAA